AUGAACAAUGAUGCGCCUACGCUCCAAGAGAUGAUCCAACUAACCCGUCAGGAACUUGUUACCCCGCAAAAGAAUGACCCCAUCCGCGAAUGUGGACGUGCUGCACUCGCGCUUCUUCCCAAGGAUCCUGAGCUCGGCUUGAAGCUUGCGUAUCAGAAACUGCACGAUGUUCCUUACAAAGAAGUGAAGACUUGUUGGCGAAGACUUUAUACAGAUGCGACUCUAUGGAAGGUGCUAAAGCGGGUAGAUGGCGGAACAGAGAAACAGCAGCAAGACACGACAGAGAGGAAUUGGACCGAUGAGGUUGUGAAAUCAUUAGAUAUGGCACUCAUACUUGCCGGUGCACCUGCUAGGGAAGAGCUGGUGGAACUAUGGUUUGCGGCAUUGAAGGCUGUUCUGGAUCUAGAGCGACAAGCAGCAGACGGUGCAAACUCAGAACGCCCCUCAAAGCGACAGAAGCUAUCAUUGCCUUGUCAAUCCUCGCCAAUCCCAGAAAGGUUUCCUGUAGAGCUCCUCAAUCCUGAACCAGUCCUUGCGUGUCCUUUGCCGAGAAUGAAAGAAGUCAGUCUAGAAGCUUUUCAAAGAAAAGUUGGCUCAACGGAAACCCACACGCCGUGUAUAAUCGAGGAUGCAAUACAACAUUGGCCUGCACUCAAUGAGAGGCCAUGGGCGAAUCCACAGUACUUACUGAGACAAACCCUCGGUGGAAGAAGAUUGGUACCAGUGGAGAUAGGCAAAAGCUACACUGCCGAAGGCUGGGGCCAACGCAUCAUCACGUUCCGCGAAUUCAUGGAGACUUAUAUGCUCCAUCAUGCGAUCCCAGCCAACCCAAACAACACUCCACAACCGCCACAAGACGAGACGGCAAAGUCCGCAGUAGGCUACCUCGCCCAGCACGAUCUCUUCGCCCAAAUCCCCUCUUUACGCCUCGAUAUCAGCAUCCCCGACUACUGCUACGCCGACCCCGCCCCAUCCCCUCACCUCACGCACAUCAAGCCCGUCGCCAAACUAGAAGAACCGCUACUCAACGCUUGGUUCGGCCCUGCCGGUACCGUCUCCCCCCUCCACACAGACCCCUACCACAACAUCCUCGCACAAGUAGUUGGAUACAAGUACGUGCGCCUUUACGCACCAGCGGAAACGCAGCGUCUGUAUCCAAGAAGCGUAGACGAAUCCGGUAUCGAUAUGAGCAAUACCAGUCAAAUCGACCUUGAUGAAGCUAUGGCCUUGUUUCCCACUUUAUCUUGCUUUGCGACGAGCCCUGUGGCCCCGGAUUCCGACGUCACGCUGCGUCAAGAGAGGAGGAGAGCGUUUCAAAACCUCUUCCCGCGCUUUGAAGAUGCCGGCUAUGUCGAGGCCGUUUUGGGGCCCGGCGAGUGCUUGUAUCUUCCCGUCGGGUGGUGGCAUUAUGUGCGGAGUCUUACGCCGAGUUUUAGCGUGAGUUUUUGGUUUAAUUGA